AGAACUAUCUAAUAUUAUGUACAGUAUUAUCACGUGAUAUAUUGCAAGCUGAGCUCACACGGGAAGAAGCGCGAGAGCGCACGAGAACUCCCCUGCAGCAACAAAUACAAAAAUCAAAACCCAUCUCUUGCGCUUAGGCGGUCUGGGGGCGCCAUGGAAGUAUCCAGCCACAGCCUGUUCCUCCUGCAGCAGCUGAACAUCCAGCGGGAGUUUGGCUUCCUCUGCGACUGCACCGUUGCAAUUGGAAAUGUCUACUUCAAGGCGCACCGUGCUGUCCUGGCUGCCUUCUCUAACUACUUCAAGAUGAUCUUCAUCCACCAGUCCAGUGAGUGCAUCAAGAUCCAACCCACGGACAUUCAGCCAGACAUCUUCAGCUACCUGCUGCACAUCAUGUACACAGGCAUGGGCCCCAAGCAGCAGGUGGACCAGAGCCGACUUCAGGAGGGCAUCAAGUUCCUGCAUGCCUACCGGCUGUACCGCAGCGGAGGACAGAGCGGCCAGGAUGCCCACGCCGCAAAGAUGUCCAACCUCUAUGGCAUCCAGAUCUCCCAGUCGGCAGCCAAAGACGGCCUGGGCCUGAAGGAGGCCCAGUCGCACGGCCUGGAUAAGGAGCACGCCGCGGGCCAGGCUGAGCGGCCCCAGGCCCAACUGUCCCUGGCCGUGGGCCUAGAGGGGACAUCCUCGGACAGACAACACCCGAACCUGCACGGCUCGUCCUCCGCGGCCUCCUGGGAGGACACGGAGACCUCCGACCUCUCGCUGAGGAUCAAGAAGGAGACGGUGGAGAUGGAGGUGUCAGGUAAGCCCCAGACCAGCUCCCCCGUCACGGAGAGCCGCAGCCUGGGCCUCAUCAAGGACGGCCCCCAGGUACUCUAUUGCCAAUACUGCGGGGAGCGCUGCUGCUCGCGCCAGGGCCUGCGGGAGCACCUCUUUGCCCACGCCACCAGCUCCCUGCCCUUCAGCGUGCCCGCAGCCAUCUUGGAGAGUGGCGACCUGGAGGAGGUGUCCAAGAUCAGGGAGGAGCUGGAGGGCCUGGAGCAAGGCUGCGCGUCGGAAAAGAGCCCCGGCCUGCCGGAGCGGCGGGAGGCACCGGGCCUGGAGGAGGCGCUGAAGCAGAGCCGGGCCCUGUCCGAGGAGCUGGCGGCUGAACUGAAGGGCAGCGCCAGCCCCGGCUCCCGCAAGAGGAAGAUAGCAUGCGCCAUCUGCAGCCUCAGGUUCGCUCAGAAGAGCCAGCUGCAGGAGCACAUGUACACCCACACGGGGAAACACACCCGCUACCACCGCUACAAUCGCUUCUGCAGCCAGCUGAUCCAGGCGUCCCAGCACUUCUGCGAGAGCCAGGCGGAGUUAGCAGCCGAGGAUGCUGGCAGGGACACUCAGGACAAUGUCAGCUCCUGCUACUCGCUAGACUCUGAGGUCUCCCAAGAAAGCAUUGAUACUGUUGUCGUCGAGUGAAAUCAAACCAAAACCACUUGCCAGUACUGUGUCCUGGGACAAUUUCUAGGUACUCACCUACUUAUGACACAUAAAUUUAGUUACCCUUUAGACUUUAUUUCCUGUAAACAUAGCUUCCAAUCAUGUUACAUGACCAAUGCCCUGUUUUGUCUCUCUUUCGGUGUGUGUUCCUUGAAGUUGUUGUAGGGUUCAAUGUAUGUUUUCUCAACAGUCAAAGCUACUAAAUUGUGUAAAAGAGCUUGUAAAUCUUUUUCAUUUCUCAGGUUCAUUCCAGCAGCUAGUUUCAGUUUUGGGGUCAAAAUGUAUUGUUUAUUGAUGCAUGAAAAGUAAAAAGUCUUCCUGAAAUUAGUUGAGUUAAUUAUAUUAACAUGCACAUUAUCCAAGCUUUAAGAAGUAUUUUUAUUAAUGUACUGAUAAAUAAUUGACACAAGGUCGAUUUUAUUUGAAAAUGAACCAAAAACAAUACCGUUUUCAAAGAUGGGAAUGUCUGUCUUGACUAACCAAGUCACAACAUUGUGAAAUGAUUGUUUAUUAAUAAGUUCUCAUUUUCUUUUCUUGUUCAGGGAGUACAUGUUUUGCUGUGGUAGUUCAGCGAUUUGUUGUAGUUCUUUUAAAGAUGGCUGGAGCAGUGGAGCCUUAAGACCCCUUUCAAAAUGGCACUCUUUUUGCAGUUAUACCAUUGGAACCAUCGAAGCGGUUUCCCUACUGAAAAUCGUGUUUUGAACAUGUUUGUAUCUUACUUUCAUAAAAACAAGCUACUGUAAAAAAAAACUAGUUAGUCAGUAGUGAAACCUGUUUAAGUUCUAUUAAAUUUGUGCUUUUCACUGCA